AUGAAAAGGAAGGAUUUUAUAUUUGUUCCAAACUCAAAGGAUACGAUUUCAAGUAUUUUUGAUACAACAGCAGGGACACCUAAAAAGAGGAGGGGCUCACAGUGAUAUGAAAAGCCCAAGUUCCCACAAUUCAAAAAACUAUGGGAUGAUAUCAAUAAAUGUAAGAAUGAGAGCCGUAGAAACCUCAGACAGUACAUCUCAAAACAACUUACAAGCAGCCAAAGCCAGAUUGAUUUUGGAGCAUGCAUGAGACAAGACUCUAAAAAGAGAAUGGUCAAGAAGCAAAUUAAUUCAAAAUUCCAGAUUAGAAAACCAGGAGGAUGAGUUCCUAUAUAAUCAGAAUGACUAAAAGCAGAAACAAAAUAAGAAGAUUGUUUAAGACUCAAUCAAAAUCCCAGUUUAAGACUCCUAAACAGAUGCUAAAAAUCAACCUCAAAACACAGAUAAAAAACAAGCCUAGCGAAUGGUAUGCUCCCGAGUGGCUUUAACCAUUUUAAUAUAUUUCUG